CAAAUGAAGAAAUAAAACUAGUUCAUGGAAAAGUCAUUAUUAUGUCACUCAAUAGUACAUGUAUACCAUGUUUAUCAUGUGAUAAAAUAAGGGGUCAAACUCUAAAUGUAAUUGUGUUGUUAAAAACUUAUCAGUGCAAUUAAUAGUAUCAUAACUUGUGGGACUGUUAUGAUUAACUUUUGCAACGACGGAUUUUUAUAAUUGUUUAUUACUUUUGAAGGAAUGCGCAUAUUUGGGAUAAAAAUGAACUGCCGUAAAAUUCCCCUAAUUAUUUUGCUCAUACUGAUGUGUUCUGUGUUUAGUCUUUAUAUGAUCUUUUUCAAUCAUGGACCACCCGAGGAAAUUUUGAAAACAAACCUUAAAAAGACUGCUGGAAAAAGGGUAGCAGAGGAUGAAGAUGAGUUAACUGAUUCGGAAAUAUCAUGGAGAAAGUUCAUAAAAGACAAUAAUUAUGUUGCUAUAGGAACCUUGUGGGAUUCUUGUGAUGGAGACAAAGAUACUAUUGGAAAAGUUAUUUUAUUGCCAGAUAAACAAACAGGAGGAAUCAAAUCUCGAACUUUUGUGAAUGUAACUUUUGAGGAGGAAUAUAAUGGAGGAGAGCUAGGUAUAUCAGUGAAGUAUAAUGGUAAGGACCUUUAUGACAACAAAUGGGACUUCUGUAGCAUUGAUGAGAACGAGGAAGAAGAGGACAGACAAGUAUUCUGUCCAUACAAACCCGGAUAUCACGCGUGGAUCACGGAUAGAAAGGUUCCCAAAUAUCUACCAAAGGGCACAUAUUUCUCGAAGACCUGGUUAACAGAUGGGGACGGGGAACUCGUUGCCUGUGGAUUCUCAGAAUUUGUACUAUAGUGACAUAUUAUAGUGCUGGUUUUUAUGAGAUCUGAAGAAUAGUUUUAUAUUAAUAAAAUCAAACAUUUCGUUAUUGAGCAUGAGCGAAUCAGAAAAAUUGGAUGAAUAUGAUAUGGACAAGUGCCAGUUUUUUUUUAUAUUAAGUUAUUGGAUCGAUUCUCAAAGUUGUAUUUGUUCAAUUAUAGACUUACAGAGUUGAAAAUUAUUGUGAUAUUUUGUACAGAUUUUAUUUUAACUUUCACGUGAGUUUGAAUGGAAUAUAUUUCGGUUUGAUCAAGGAUUUUUAUAGUGAGACUAUACAAAUCCUUGGUUUGAUUUAGGAUAAUUUGAACAAGCGCCAAGUUUAUCAAAGACGAGUUAGACCUGUGUAAAUUACAAUACACGUACAUACUUAAAACUUAAGUGGAAAGUAACAUACAUCUAUGAUAUGGUGUCAAUAAAAGUAUUAGUGUACUGAAGUAAUGUCCUUAAAGAUGUGCACGUGGAUAAGUGAAUUUGUACAUUUAAUGAAUUGAUAAUGACCUUGGAUAUGCCAUACCAUAAAUAUAUAAUAUUAUUUGUCAUCUUAGCAUUGUAACAUACUACAUAAAUAUUUAUUGAGACUAUCUUUAUAAGUCUUGUUAUAGCAACGCAAUUUCAAAUGUUAAUAUUAAUCAUUAAAAUAUGUUACUUUAA